AUGAACAAGAAGAAUGUCAAUAAACCCGUAGAUGAAGGACCCGUCAAAAUGGACGCCGAGUCGGUUGUCGUGCCCGCAGAGGAUGGCGAGCGCACACGACUCGAAGCCAUCGACUCUUCCUAUACUUAUGUCAUUGUCGACAAACCGUACGUUUUCUUUCUUGGAAACCAUCCAUUGAAUCAGUUGAUGAACAAGAAGAAUGUCAAUAAACCCGUAGAUGAAGGACCCGUCAAAAUGGACGCCGAGUCGGUGGUCGUGCCGGCAGAGGAUGGCGAGCGCACACGACUCGAAGCCAUCGACUCUUCCUAUACUUAUGUCAUUGUCGACAAACCGUUUGGCGAGAGUGACGGCUCGGCCGAUAGAUUUGUCGCUACACUGGAACAGUUGGUUCGGGUCCCUAAGGGCACGUUCUCUAAUGUCAGGCCGGAUAAGGAUAACAGGGCUGAGGUCACCUUCAAAGUCAAUCCUAAUCGCAAAGAUUUAAAUGCAUCGCUAGUCGCCGCACAAAUUGGCUCAUCCAUUCAUCACUCCGGCACUCGUGUAGUCUGUUUUGACUAUUCAUAUAAUACUUAA